GGUGGGGCGUGGCUAAAACAGAGCCCAAGUACACACUUGGGCUUCUGACAUAAGUGUCAACUACUAUAUAAGUACUGAGCGCCAUCAUUUCCAUCAGUGGCUAUCCGUCACAGCAAUUUUAAUUUUCAGUUCAACUUUUCAUCAAUGAUGCGCAAUUUCUACAGAAAUUGCAUUUUCUAGUUUGAAAUUGAGUUUAGCAUAGGGAGGGUUGAACCUACAUAAUUAUUUGGGGCGAAAGAAAUACACACGCACAUAGGACACAGAAAACAAGUUUGAAUAGCUAAUAACCAUGAUCCAGCUCCAAAAAAAAAAAGAUACUUUUUGUUAGGUUGCUGCAUCUUUUUAACAUUUGUUUAUUUAAAAAAAAACACACACACACACACACACAAAAGGAGAAUGAAAAGUAAUGUGAAAUGAAUCCAUUAUCAACAAAAUGUAGAAAUGUCGAGGGUCAGUGAAGGCACCAGACCCCCUGGUGUAGUGCUGAACUUUUGAGUCACAAGUUUGGGGAUUUCCAUCCUGUGUUAACAUAAACAGAACGUAACGUAUUUGAACCCUUGAAUGUCACUUGAAUCUCCUUUUCUGUUGCAACUGUAGAUUUGAUUCAGUCUGAACAGAUGCAGCGUUGGCCUCUAUUCUCAGGAUGUUUCACAUGUUUCUGACAUUUGAUCCGUCCGUGUGGGCCUGCCUCGUCUAUUUCUGUCACAGCUUCUGCUUGUGUUGCAGCUGCGGGCAGAGUUGACUUUUUUUUUUUUGGCCUGCAAUGGUCGCGUCAACGCUGAUUUAUUCCGUCAUUCCCCAUGGAUCUGUAUGAGAUUAGGGGAGCGCGACUGGAUGUGAUUGCAGAAGAAGCUGAACUCCAGGACAUGUCCAGCCCCCAGCAGUCCACUGGGGCGACUGAGGCCGCACGUGACGAUGUGCUUCACGAUGCUCGAAUCGAGAGCGACAUCGACGGCACCAGGAAUCAGUUGCAAGAGAAGGUGGCCGAGAUGGAGAACUUUGCAGGACACCUGGAAGAAAUCUUUCUGACUGUAGAGGAGAACUUUGGCCGACGGGAGCAGCACUUGGAGCGUCACUACGCCGACGUGCUUCAGACAAUAUCGCAGCGUUAUGACGAGCGUGCGGCCGGAUUGGAAACGGAAAAGAAGGGGAAGCUGGAGGCUCUGUACGCUCAGCUGCUGGCCUGUGGGCACGCGCUGGAUGCCUCCAAGGAGCUCAUCGAGGAAGCCAAGGAGGUUUACCGCAGCCAGGACGACAGACUUUUUCUCAAGGCAGUUGUUCCCACCAUUAAGCGAAUUGAGGAGUUCGCCAAAGAGGAGCGGGACCUCACGCUGGCGACAAGUCUUGAUUUUGAAACGCCGCUCGCAGACUUGUCGGAUGUCAAAAGCAUGAUGGACUCCAUUAACGUCGUCCCAGCUCCAUCCGCCCCAGUUAUCAACCCGCAAAUGGCGAACUCGGCCACCCAGACGUCCCUGCGUGUGUGCUGGAGUCUGUUUUCCGACGACACAGUGGAGUUUUAUGAGCUGUACUACAGAGCCGUGCUGCAGGACGCGCCUGCGGACAGCACCGCUGGCCCACAUGUAAGCAAGUUAAAAGUGAAAGAGACCCACUGCACAGUGAGAGAGCUUCUGCCCGGUGCACAAUAUGAGCUCUGGGUGACGGCCACCAACACAACAGGCAUCAGCCCGGCCAGUGAGAAGGCCUUCUACAUGACGGUUCCGUCACCUCCGGUGAUCAAGCAGAGGGAGUGUUGCAACUGUCCGGAGGCGGCUCUCAUACGCUGGGAGUCUGGAAACCCUGACCCUGUCGACUCCUAUACUGUGGAGUUUACUGAGCUGUUUGCGCCCAACGGCACUGAGAAGGGGGUCACUGAGUCUGUAGUAGCAGUGCCCACGUGUCAGUGUCUGAUCCGGCUUCAAGCAGGUCAGCAUUACCUCAUCUCUGUGAGAGCAGUCAAUAUCGGUGGGUCCAGUGACACGAGUGAGGUCAUCAGCGUCUCCACCUCCGGCACAUUCUUCUAUCUCCUCGAGGACACUGCCCAUCCAUGUCUGUCCAUCUCUGAGGAUGGUUUCACUAUUUUUUAUGGGGACGAAGAACUGCCAAUCAGCGCUAUGGCCUUAGACGAUAAUAACUUUACCAGGUGUGUAGCGGUUCUCGGGGAUCUGACUCCGGUGCGAGCGAGGCAUUACUGGGAAGUGGAGGUGGACGACAGGACUGAGUUCAGGAUUGGAGUCGCAUACGCGGACACGGAGAGAAAUUCCUAUCUGGGAGGCAACGACACCUCUUGGUGUAUGAGACACAUCCUCACUACUUCGAGGCACAAGUAUGAGUUUCUGCACAACGGCCAGAGCCCUGACCUGAGGAUCACGGUGAACCCAUUCCGAAUAGGGUUGGCUUUGGACUAUGACCGGGGCACUCUGUCAUUCUUUAACGUAGAUCUGGAACAACACCUGCACACCUUCCAGUGUCACUUUCGACGUUAUGUCCAGCCUUGCUUUGGCCUGGACAGCCCAGGAGCUCUGACCAUACACAAUGGCAUAGAGGCUCCAAAAUACACAUUCAUAGGUCAUCCUUAAUCACAUUUCCAUAAAAGAGUCAGCUGAAAUAAGUGUCAAUUUAAGGUGUUUUUAUUAUAGUAUUCCAUGGGAACAUACAUCCAUUUUCCAGGAGAAGAAAACACUCUCACAUGUGGUUAUACCAUCUGAAACUGAUCGGAACUCUAUUCACAAAAAAAAAACAAAAAAACAAAACGGGGCUGAUUUGUGAUCAACAAAAAUAAAAUAUGUCCUGAUUAAUAAAUCUCUGGUGAUUUUCAUUAAAAAAACAAACAAACUGUGCUACAUUGUAGUCA